UGUGCCAGCCCUCCGCCAUAUUGACUGUUGUCUUGACUGGUAGGAGAGAGGGAACGUUUCGAGGUCCGCGAACAAACGAAAGUGUGCUCUGAAAAUACCCGAAACUGGUGCAAACUUGGCCAAAGCGCUUUAUAAGGACUAUCGCAAUGGCGAGGAAGAAAAGCAAGCAGCAAGGCGUCGCCCAGAAGGACCUAGUUCCCGGGCAGCAAGCCGCACCGAAGAGCCCAGUCUCUCCCGGCGAUGCAGCUGGCGGUGGCGGCGGAGAUGCUGGGCUGGAUCGGUUGGCGACCACCAGAGCGAACCAGCCUAUGCACACCUGCUGCCUUUUGUGCCACCGCGAGUUUAAGGACUGGGGGGCAAACUCGAUGAACGGACUAACCGGAAGCCAUGGGACCAAGCUUGCUGACGCGGUGCCCGCGCUCUCUCAGGCCUUAUUGCGGGAAGCACCAGGGCGUAAACUUGCAGAUGCAGUGCCCUCGCUGUCUCAGUCACUUUUGGGAGAGGUGCCGCUGUGGAUCUGUCAGAGCUGCUGUAAGAGCGUGGAAGAGGAGGAGAGACGGAGCAGUCAAGAGCAACCAAUGCCGGUACCAUUGUCACACUCUUCGUCCUGUAAAUCCCAGGGCUGUGGGAACGGCUACCCUGAGCAAAGUACUGUAGAUUGGGAUCCAAGUUCCUUCCUGUCAGCCCACAAAUUGUCAGGACUCUGGAACUCGGCCCACACCAAUGGAGGGGAACAUUGCAGCCACAACUCAUCACACUCACAACAAGGUGUAACACCGAGCUCCUGUCAUGAAAAAAGAGUACUCCAUGAAGCACCUGGUAAAUCUGCUAAAAGCGUGGGAGCCAAAGUGUGUCCGUACAGUCACCCAUCGGCGCAGAAUUCCAGUGGAUCUUCUGCUGGGAACCCACUUUCUACCUCAGCAGAUCAUUGCAAGACCACUCCCAAGCAUUUCAAAACUAUGUGUCGCCGACCCACGCCACCAGGUGAAGCCUUUCAUCAAAGUGAUCAUCAACACACAGACUUGUCGGUUCCCCCCAACAGUCCAACCGGUUUAUCUUCCCAGCAUUCCACCCUGCUGGUCCCCAAGCCAAGCUCUGGUCAGCACAGUCACGUCACCUCUUCCUCCAACGGCGCUGCCCACGCGCCCUUCUCUCCCCUGGGACCCAACCUCCACGGCCCGACAGCAAAACUCUCUUCUCCCAGCCCAGACAGUCCCACAUCUGUUCACAAGCCCAGCACAUGCAAAAACUCGCACAUUCCAGCCAACAACACUCAACACAACAAGAUGGGCUCCUCGGUUAUGGGGUGCAACCAUCCUUGUAACGGACACAGUGCGGGAGCAGCGGCGACUUCUAAUGUUGGGCAUUUGACAGGUGGCGCCUGCAGGGACCAAGCAUGUAAGGGGCACAAAAUGACUAAUGGGAACUUGUGUCAUCCACCUUCCGAACUUGAGGAGGGCGAGGAUGAAGACAGCAGCUCUGAAAGAAGCUCCUGUGCUUCGUCCUCCACCAAUCAGAAGGAUGGGAAGUACUGUGACUGCUGCUACUGCGAGUUCUUCGGACACAACGCGCCUCCAGCUGCACCUACAAGCCGCAACUACGCUGAGAUCCGAGAGAAGCUACGCUCCCGCCUCACCAGACGUAAAGAGGAGUUGCCUCAGCGCCAGGACUCCGAUCUAACAGUUCCCGGGGCCAUAGACAACCGGGAUGUGGACGAGCUGUUGGACUUCAUCAACAGUUCUGAACCCAAACCUGUCAACAGUGCCAAGGCUGCUAAAAGGGCUCGACACAAACAAAAGAAAAAGGAGAAGGCUCAGCAGGGACACACGGGAGCUGCAGGCAGUGACCCCCUCGCUAAUCCACUGGAGCCGGCGGACGAACCCAUGGCUGACGAAGCAGAAGCCAGCCGCCUCCUGGACUGGCCCCAGCUGGAACUCGAGCGCGUCAACAGUUUCCUCACCAGUCGCCUCGAGGAGAUCAAAAACACCAUCAAAGACUCCAUCCGGGCCUCGUUUAGCAUGUACGACCUCAAUCUGGAUGUCAACGACUUCCCCAAGAAGGCGGCCAUGCUGGAAGGAAAUCAUUUACUGUCUCAUCUCAACGGCUCCUCUGAUAUGCAGCAGAUAGACCUGGACCUCUCGCCUCUUUCACUGGGGAAUUUCAAGAGCCAUAUGGACCUGGCGAACGGUUGGGAAGACACGGCCUCAGUCACCGCCCCAAACACAGCCACAGGUGGCAGUGGAUCUAAGGACAACCAGCGUGCAAACACAGCUCAAAAUCCCUCUAAACUCACAAGAAUCUCUUCUCCAGAAAAAUGCACUACAGCUGACGGUUUACCGCCGCCGCCAGUCCAGGCAACAGCAAAGUCAAAAGACAGCGGAGACGCCAAGAGUCAAACGGUUGGUGCUACAAAGUCCAAGAAGAGUAAAAAACAGCAGCAAAAACAGGAACCGCCCGUUCACGAACACAGUUCUAAAGCCGGGGAGACCAAAGUGGCUGAAAACGGCUCCAGUGGUGCUAAAGCUGGAUCCAAACCCACACAGCAGUGUGUCGACAGUCAGAGAAACGGCACCAGGAAGCUAGACGAAGGCAGGUCGACCAAAAAUGCAACAAAUGGUGCAAACUGUGGCCUCUUGAGUGCGCCAAAGGGCCGUGGCGAGACAGAGGUGAAAGUGGGGCGAUGCGAUGAGGUGGACAGCAAGGGCCAACCCAGCGUUCAGACUAACGGACAGCAGCAACUUCAGUCCAAGAACAAAAACAAAAAGAACAAAAACAAGGGAGAAAAGUCCAGCAAUGCGAUUGAUGAUGUCUUUCUUCCAAAAGAUGUGGAUCCAACAGAAAUGGAUGAGAUCGACCGAGAAGUGGAGUAUUUCAAAAGGUUUUGCCUUGAUUCAGCAAAGCAAACUCGGCAGAAGGUAGCAGUAAACUGGUCCAACUUCAGCCUCAAGAAAGUCCCUUCUAAUGCAGCUCAGUAACGUGGACGAUAUCAGAAGAAAACCGUGACAAACUCUUUCAGUGGAGCCUGAGACUCUGUCUCCUUCCCUGUCCUCUUCUCUUCCUUACCAAGCAAAGGAAUCCCAGUUCAAAAUUCUGACACAUGACUUUUUGGCUGUUCAAGCCAAGGAUAUUUUUUUGUAAGGCCAGCGCAACAUUUUUACUAUUGCAAAUGAUCACUAAAUGAGAGAUGCUGAAAUGAUGACCAGUCUGUUCGAGUCACUGCAUCCAUGUGCUUACGUAUGUAGUAUGUAAAAAAUGACCUUACAUGAAAUAAAUGUUUUUAUC